AUGGAGAAAAUUGAGCACACAACGGUAAGAACAAACGGCAUAAACAUGCACAUAGCGUCAAUCGGUACAGGCCCAGUUGUGCUCUUCCUCCAUGGAUUCCCGGAGCUCUGGUACUCAUGGCGCCACCAGCUCCUUUCUCUCUCAUCCUUGGGCUACCGUUGCAUAGCCCCCGACCUCCGAGGCUUCGGUGACACCGACGCACCACCUUCCCCUGCCUCCUACUCGGCCCUGCACAUAGUUGGUGACCUCAUUGGCCUCCUUGACCAUCUGGGUAUUGACCAAGUCUUCUUGGUCGGCCAUGACUGGGGCGCCAUCAUUGCCUGGUGGUUCUGCUUGUUCAGGCCUGACCGGGUCAAGGCCUUGGUCAACAUGAGUGUGGCCUUCAGUCCCAGGAACCCAAAUAGAAAGCCUGUCGAUGGUUUCAGGGCCUUGUUUGGUGAUGAUUACUAUAUUUGCAGGUUCCAGGAACCUGGGGAGAUCGAAAAAGAAUUUGCUGGUUUCGAUACUGCAUCAGUAAUGAAAAAGUUUCUUACUGGUCGUAGUCCAAAACCUCCACGCCUAACUAAAGAACUAGGAUUAAGAGCUUGGGAAACUCCAGAAACCUUGCCCCCUUGGCUGUUAGAAGAGGACGUUAAUUAUUUUGCCAGCAAAUUCAGCAAGACGGGGUUUGUUGGUGGAUUGAACUAUUAUCGAGCUUGGAACUUAACCUGGGAGCUUACAGGACCAUGGACAGGGCUACAGAUCAAAGUACCGGUCAAGUUUAUUGUGGGCGACCUGGACAUCACCUAUCAUAUCCCAGGCGUUAAGGAGUAUAUACAUAAUGGAGGCUUCAAAAGAGAUGUUCCAUUUUUGCAAGAGGUUGUUGUGAUUGAAGAUGGAGGUCACUUUAUUAACCAAGAAAAGCCCGACGAAAUCAGUCAGCACGUAUAUGACUUCAUCCAGAAGUUCUGA